AUGUCUUCUACAAGAAUUGAUCAUAUUUAUAAACAAAAAGAUCUCGUACAAAAUUUGGCAAAAGCCAGCGAAGCAAUUCGUCGAAAACAUAAAUUAUUGAAAUUAGGUAAAGAGUCCUUUGAGCUAGCAUUAGGAGACACUUUUAAACCUAUUGUUAAUCCUCUGGAAAAGCUAGUUGGUGAUAUUGAAAUACUUAAAACAGUUGAUGCAACAUUUGAAGAACACUCACAACCUUUAGAAUUAUCUGAUCAAGAAAUACCAAUAGCGUCUUCUUCACCAUCAACUGAUGAAAAUACAAGAGAAUAUCUUACACUUUUAAAUCAAAGGAAUAAAGAUAUCGAUACUGUAUAUGGUGUAAGAAAAUUAACAAAAGACAGACUGAUGAUUGGUAAUUCUGCAAUAAGUUUCAGUCAAAACUAUAUUCAUGUUGGUAACAUGACAUUUCGCAGUAGUAAAGGGUUACUUGAGCUUCUUUUCAAAAAAAAUCCUAGCGAAUCUGUUGUGAGUUUAGAGGAUCUAGAAAACUUUAAAACAAUUAUUUUAACAACGAACGCUCAUAAAAAACACUACAGCGCUGAUGGUGAUAUUCGUGCGAGUAAAGCCUUUAAAUUUAAAAAUUUUAUUGAAAAAUUCUUAUCACCUUCUAGAAAAAGUGGUAGCGAUAAGAGUUCUUUAGGUGGAGGUAUUAUUCCACAAUAUAUGACUGCUACAGAUGAAAAUAAAUUGGAUUAUAUCUAUUGGGAUGAUCCAAAUGAAUUGGUUGAUCGAUUACGUUUACUGUUAGCAUCACAAGCAGCAGGAAAUUCAAGUCAUACAAACGAAAUUUUAUCUAUUAUUGAAGAAUUACGAGAAGCUAACAUUAUUUAUUAA